AUUUCAGGCUUUUCUUUCUUUAGUAAUGCAAAAAAAGCUCGUGCCUUAAGUUUAUGCACUGUUUUUUCAGCCAUCAGUGUAGCUUUUCUAGGAGGAUCAUCUCUCGCCAGCUUUAUUUUUUCACUUAUCUGAAUGCAUGUGGAACAUACAUCAGUCCUCGGAGAACCGAAGCCAAUGUUAUAUUUUGUACAAAAUUCACGUCUAAAAAAUGAUUCUUUAACACUGACAUUGUCAAGUGCUGAAUUUGAAUACAUUUGGUACAGUUUUCUGAUGUUUAGUUCUGACGGCAAAUAUACACGACAAGAACUCUUUGACCUGCAAUAAUGUGAAUCCUGACAUUUGAAAGAUUCCAAAAAGAACUGAAUUGUCUCUCGCCUACAUUGAUAUUUCUUGCUUUUAUGAUCUCCACCCCGGUUUUCAUGUGCCAUUUGCCCACUUUCAAAAUGUCUUUUUAAAACUCCAUAAACUCUAUCUUUAUUAAUAUCCAGUAUACUCAGAAACGCAGGUUUGCAAACUGGAAUUAUUUUUCCGCUUCUAUUCCUUACAAAAAAUUUGUAACUUAAUUUUCUCACUUGCCUCGAACUAUUCUUUGGACGCUUCCGCUUUGGCAAUUGAACGUUGGUAUACUUCACAAUAUAAUUAUCUUGAUCAAUUUUUGCAGGAGUAGCAUAAAACUUUGAGUGAAAAUCAGAUAUGUCAAAUUUGGUUAGAGUGCUGCAUCGGAAGCUCUUCGUUGCAUGAUUACAGCUUGGGACACCCGGUGGUCUUUUAGGCUUGUAUCUAAAAAUAAGUUGAAAGUGACAUAUUAUUGAGAUUACAACGAACCGGCUUUUCAUUUUACUUACAAAUUAUACAAAAUUAAACUUAUACAUUCUUAUUUUAACAAAUUUUAAUGUGCCCCUAAUUGUAGUUAUCAAAGUAGCAAUUAACAAUUUUAAAAAAUGUCCUAGUUUAGAUUUUCGACAAAAAAACGCUUACUUGCAAAAAGAUCCUGACUUGAGUAUAUAAAAAUACACUUAGAAACACAUUUUUACCAAAAUUACACAAUAGGACUUACCUCUCAAUCUUUUGCUUCUCUGAUUUUCGGUUGGAUUUGUUUACUAAACAUUUUCGGGCUUUGUUCGGUGUACAUUUUUGUACGGGUUUAUUAUACUCAUCCAUAUUUAUAUUUAAAACUUAUUUAUAAAAAUCACUAAAAGCAAUAACUCAGAUCCUGCACGAUAGAAAUCUAAACAUCAACUGAUGCAAUGAUACAUAAACAUGUGCUCGUAUCUAAUUGAGCAACGUCAUUGGUCAAAAUGGAGUUGGCGGGAUUUGAUUGUAACAUGUGCAGGGAGUUAGCGGGUUUUGAAAAUAAACGCGAUGUUUUUGCCAUAUUUUAGACCUCUUUUAGCGUGUUUUGAAAGUUAAGAUUCACACGACCAGAUUCAUUGGCAAAUUAGCUGUGAAAUUAAAUCAAAAUAUCAUUUUUGGAUAAAAGUGGAGUUAGCGGGGUUUGAUUCUAUACGCCUCAUUUAUCUAAAAAGUUUCAAACGCCAAUUUGAUGCGACAGACCUCUUUUGGUAAAGGUUACCAACUAUCUUGCUGGGCAUUUCAGAAAACUGCUUAUUUCUAAACAGAUCCAAGUCGCUUGGAUUCAUUUUGACAAACAUGUUCUAUUUUGAGUGGCGUGUUUCACGUGUUAUUGUUUUUAAUACGAAACUGCUCGUUGUUUGCGGUUACUCUGUUUAAAAGUUUUUAUAAUUAUAUUUUUGUAGUCAAAGUCUUAAAAAUGAGUCGGAGAAGUGCUUUAAUAUUAAAUAUGGCGUUAAAGCAGGCAGAUUGUGAAUUCGGUAAUCAUGCGAAGGCUGUACCGUCAAACAGUACAGAAAUGGAUAAUGUUGUUACUGGUACUGAUGUACAACAACAGCCGUCCAGAGAAAUGAUCGAUGGGAAAGCUUCGCAAAACAACAGCGGAGUAGAUAAUAAUUUCGAUGUGGAUUCGCAACAGCCAUCAUCCAGCAGAAUAAUGUGCCUGACAACGCCGGAUUCCAAUUUUACUAUUUCCACUGAUGAUCUUGAGGAUGGAGAAAACGAACUUCUUAACUUUGAAGAUUCAGGAAGCGAAUAUGAUCCGGAAGAAGUUGAUGAAUCUGAAUCUAAAAAAUCUGACUCUGUAGACUCUGAAGAGCAAGAACUUGAAGAACCAGAAGAAGAAGAACGAAACGAACAAAAGGGCCGGCCAAAAAAAGGAAGACCUAUAAAAUAUCAAGGACAGACUUUUAAGAGUAGAAAAAAAUUAAAAGACGCCAACAGGAAACAUUACACAGUAAAAGGAAAACUGGUAGAGAAAAAAUGA